AUGGCCGCCCCGCCGCCGCCGCCGCAGCCCCCCGCCGCCCCGCCGCCGCCCGCACGCCGCUGCCGCCCGCCCUUGCCCGCCGUCGAGCCGCUCCUGUUCCUGGCCACCCUCUCGCUCGGCCUGCAGGGCCCACUCGCCACGCAGUACCUCUGGGACCGGCUCGGGGCCGAGUAUGGCUACAGCAGCCUCAACUCCAGUAGCUCUACCGGCUGCGGGAACGGCAGCGCCGGCCACGACCCCGGGAGGCAGGAGGUGGAAGCGCUGGUCUCCCACUGGAACCUCUACAUCAACCUGGGAGGCUUCUUUGUUGGUGUCUUCUCCGUGACCCUCUUUGGGCCAUGGAGUGAUAGCGUGGGGCGCCGGCCGGCGCUGAUCCUGCCGGCAGUGGGUAUGGCCCUGCAAGCGGCCAUCUAUCUCCUGGUCAUGUACCUGCAGCUGCACGUUGGCUUCUUUCUCCUUGGGCGCCUUCUGAGUAGCUUCACGGGAGACUACAACCUGAUCCUGGCCAGCUGCUUCGCCUACGUGGCCGACACCAGCGACAAGCGCGCGCGGACGUUCCGCGUGGCCAUCCUGGAGGCGUGCCUGGGCACGGCGGGCAUGCUGGCCAGCAUCGGCGGCGGCCAGUGGCGCAAGGCUCAGGGCUACAUCAACCCCUUUUGGCUUGUGUUCGCUGCCAGUCUUGCAGCCGCUCUCUAUGCGGCUUUUUGUCUUCGGGAGUCAGUGAAGCAGCAGAAACCAGCCAAGCUGUUCACGCUCAGCCAUUACAAGGCUGUCUACAGGCUGUACACAGCCCCAGAACACCUGAGCUCCAGGCCAAAGCUUGUUCUUUACUCUCUGGCUUUCUUUGUUAUUGUCACUGUACAUUUUGGAACCAAGGACAUCAUUGUUAUAUACGAGCUUGGCUCCCCUCUGUGCUGGGCUUCUGACCUCAUUGGGUAUGGCUCAGCCGCCAAUUACCUGGCUUACCUGAGCAGCCUGGCAGGCCUGCGGCUACUCCAGCUCUGCCUCGAAGACACCUGGGUGGCAGAGAUAGGAUUGAUCUCCAAUAUUUCUGGACUGAUCGUGAUUUCUCUUGCUAUUACAACACCGCUGAUGUUUACAGGUUAUGGGAUUCUGUUCCUUUCCAUGGCAGCCACUCCAGUCAUCAGAGCCAAGCUCUCCAAGCUGGUCGGUGAGACAGACCAGGGUGCUCUCUUUUCUUCUCUUGCCUGUGUGGAAGGGCUGUGUUCACUUGUGGCUACAGGAGUGUUCAACUCUCUCUACCCUGCAAGCUUGCACUUCAUGAGGGGAUUCCCAUUUCUCUUCGGGGCUGUUAUUCUUCUCAUUCCAGCAGCUAUUCUUGGGGGGAUAGAAAUCUGGGACUCAAAGCGUGACUACAGCCACUUCUCACACGCUUCCCUGUCUGCUGUCGAUGGCCGAGCAGCAACUUAACAACAAGGAACUGGCCAGCUCAACGGUGUCCAUUCUGCUCUUUAUUCCUCCCUUGAAGGACUGAUUACUGUGGGAGGGGAAUCUUGCUUGUCCUUACUGAUUUUUAAAUGCCAAAUAGUUGGAAAUCAUGGCUCUGAUGGCCUGCAGGAAUUCAAUUUGCAGAUGUGAAUGUCUCCUCACCGUUGUGUUGGCUCAUCUGUCAGAGAAAACCCAAGAGACCCAAAAGGCAAUCACGAGUAAAAGCUGUUGGCCAUUUGCCAGACUGGUUAGUGGUUUGGGGGUUGGUGGGGAGGGAAGGUUCUGUGGCAUGAUUUUAGUGGUGAGAGAGGACUAGAUUCUUGUUUAAUUGCCAAACAUGUUCCCAUCUGAGUACUACAGUGUGCAGCAGAUUAAUUGUUGGUGUGGGUGAGGCCCAGACCAAAGCCUGCAGAGCAAGACUGGAGCAGAAGUACCCAACAGCACGCUGUUGAGGAGAAAGGUCUGUGCUGCCAUUCAGUGUGUUGUCACUAAAGUCAUACAGAUUUCGCAUGCCAUCCUGGGCUCCUGCCAGAAUCCUUACGAUGAGCAGGAGUUUAUCACAGGAGGGCUAUUGACUAAAUGAACUUUAAAUUGAAUGAAGGAGUAAUGCAUGAAGUGCUUAUAGUGAGAAGUGCCAGGCACGUCCUGCCUGUCUGUCUGUAGCUUGGCCUGGGAUUUCGUGGGUACCUUUGAGAAAUAACAGCUCAUGUGAGAACACUGAAAUGCAAGUAGGUCCCUUAACUGACAGUUGCCUGAACUGGUGAAGGUAAAGCUAAAACUGACAAAAGUGGAUCUCCCUAAUGAGAGACGCUUAUGUGAUAAACUUGAGGCCCCAAUGUUUGUAAGUGUUCCCUGCAGAGCCAGCAGCAGGCCUUCCUCACCAACACCCAGCACUCCUGAGUGGGCCCAGUGUCUUUGGAGAUAAAACUGUGCCCCCAGAUUUGGCGUCUGUGACCUCACUCCUCCUGCCCUUGUCACGAUACGUCAGCGCCAGCAACUCAUAUUCAUGGUACUUAUAAUUGUUCUUUUCAAGGCAUUAGCUGUAUUGCCUCAGUCUUUUUUUUUCAACUGCCAUAAAUCAACAGUUGUGUGUACACUGCCUUGUACACGUUGUUCGCCUGUGUGCGAUACAUUAUCUGCUGUGAAAUUGCUUAGCAGUUCCAGAAUUAAUAAACCCUCCAUUCUCUUUUAUGGUUGAUGAAAAGAUAGCUCUUCUCGUACAUCUGUUGAUGUAAUUUGUCCUUGCCUUGUUCUGUACAUCUCUCCCAUUAUUUUUAUGCUUCUUUAUUGAAGACUCUUCAGUAAAGAAGCAGCAGCAGGAAGUUACGUGCCUUGGUGGAGAAUGAGUAUGAGGGUCCUGGCAGGUUUAGGCCUUGCAAGCAGCCAAAACUGGCUUUUCUUGAAAGCUUGUGGGAGUGCUGAGUCUGUAACCUGUCCUGCAGUGUGCAGUAAAUGUGAAAUGCAUAUUCUUUAGGCAUUUGUGAUAAAAGCAGGAGACCUGGGGAGCAGAGAAGCAGGAGGUGGAGAAGUAAGGAGGCUGUAAGAACUUGGUGUUACGCCACUUGAUCCUUGCAGUUAUGCCAGUGGACACCGGCAGGAGUUAGAUGUCGGACUGAGGAGCUGAGGCCAGAAUUGGUCUCUCUGAGGAACAGGACAUGCUGUGAGUGUUGCAUUUGAUGUUUGUAGCUGAACUGAUUGUGAAGUAAGUCACUCUCAACAGGCUCCGUGGAUGCCAAUGCUAGCAGCUGCUUAGUGGAGUGAAACUUGUGUACUGGCUCUGCUUUCCUCUUUGUACCAGUGAGCUUGCUUGCAGGGGAGAAAUUCAAUGGGAACUAUUAUGCUCUAUUAAAAAGAAUGAAACCAAAGUUUUUCUAGCCUGUGCUCCAAGAACUACAACCAAGAAGCAAAUACAGGAUCCAUGCAUCGUGACCGUGGGCAGCAGGCAGGGAGUCCCUGGGGAUGCAGUGAGCUACUACAGCAGUCUGUGCAAUGGUGAGUCCAGCUACAUGCAGUGGUGAAGAAGGAGCUAAAGGAAGAGAGAAAGAGAACAGCUGUAUGACAGUGGAGUGUUGAUCCUCAUGGGAAGCUCAGCUAAGGGCGGAGAAGCUCAGGCGAACUGCUCCGGGUCCAGCGAGGCGAUGAAGGGCUCCACCAGCGCCAGCGUCCCCGAGCGCUCCACCUCCUUCUCCACCUCCUUGUUGGUGGCCAGCACCGUGAUGGCCAAGCACGCGUGCAGGCGGAUGAGUUCGUCGUCUCUUGAGAACACCAGCGGGAAAAGCCACUCCGCCGCCCUCUUCUCGAUCAUCAGGCGCUGGUUGGCCUGCCCUCCGUACAUGGCGCAGUUGGCCAAGGCCAUGGCGCAGUGCCGCAGCACCACGGGGUCCGUCCAGCGGCACCAGUACAGGAUGGCAUCCAGGCCUCCAUCAGAGAUGAGCUGGAAGCAGGUCUCCUCGGUGUGUUUGAACAUGUGCUCCAGGAUACCAGAGACGCUCUGCGCCAGCUCAGGAACAUCUCGCUCCUUGGCUAAGUUCAGAAUCACUCCCAGACCGAUGCGAGCGAUCCGAUCCCUGCGGGAGGGAGAGGCAGAGGCAGGUGAGGGGCAGCCGGCCAGGCAAGGAGUGAGAACAGUGACUGGUGUAUGAACUGCCCCGAGCUUCAGUGCCAUUUGCCUCACGUCAGACAGAUGUUUCCCUGUGGGACACAGCUGCCAGGCUGCAAUGCAGCCAGACGAAACAGGCGUUGGAAGAACCUGUCUGGGUCUGAUGGAGGUUAUGGUGGGACAGGACAUGGGGUGUGUAGCCUGGGACCUUCACACCAGAGCCCAAGGUAGGACAUACAUAGCAAUUAACAGCACAUGGUAGGCUAAUGCCAG